GGCGGCGGCGCGAGGAAGUGACGGUUGACAGUUGGCGGCGCGAGGCGAGGAGGAGAGGAGGAGAGGAGGAGGAGAUGCUACACGGCGCAGAGGAGGAGGCCGGCGAGUUGCGAGCGUCUCCCUUCACCUUCAGGUCCCGGAGGAUCCGACUGGACAGGGACGACGAGUUAUUCGAGGAUGGUGACAUUCAUAGACAUCUGUAUCUGCAAGAUGCCAUAACAAGUGUAGCUGAAGAAGUUCAAAGAGCCAAGAUUUCUAUAUUCUGUUGCCAUAUAGCAGGUUGCAGUCAGCUGUUCGACACCUUAGAAAACUAUGAGCAUCAUUAUAAUACGUUCCACCGCAAUGUGUGCUCCUCUUGCAAACGCUCCUUUCCCUCCAGUCACCUCCUGGACAUUCACAUCCUGGAAUGGCAUGACUCACUUUUCCAAAUACUAGCAGCGAAACAAAAUAUGUAUCAAUGUUUGGUGGAGAGUUGCAUGGAAAAGUUUAAGUCUUAUGGCGACCGAAGAAAACAUCUAGUCAAUGUUCACAGUUAUCCACCUGACUUUAGGUUUGACAAACAAAAGAUAACUAAACGUGCACAUAAGAAAAAAAAUAAGAACCCACAUGACAUGGAUGUGAAAACUGCAAAGCAUGAGAAAAAACACAGUGAUGUUUGUGGCAGUAUAUCUGGAGAACCAAUGGAACAAGGUUCGGUGGAAAUGACAGAGGCUGAAAGUGAACCCAUGUCAAGAGUGGAACAGCCUGCGGCUACCACAACACAGGGAGGCUCUCGCUUCUCCUACAGGGUGCCGGCAACAAUUUGUUUUGGGCACGGGUCAGUCCGGGGCUUUAAGAACCCAAGAAAAAAGAGGUGAUUUGUGUACAACAAUAAACUAUGGAAUUAGUUCUGUAAAUCAAAUCUCCAUUGGGAAUUGGAAAACCAUUUCUUCAACUUCGACUGAUGUAAUUGGACAUAUUUUUCCUGUUGGAGAUGUGCAGUUGGCCUUAUCGGCCAACCCAGUCUCGCUGUACUUUUCAAACAUUGUCUCAUUCAGAUAACGGUGGUGAUGGCAUAUUUUCCUUCACCAUGAGAGAGAUGUCAUCACUGUGUACUAUAUAAAGUUUGGCUCUUUAAAAUUAAUAAAGAAAUGAUUUAUUUGUGAACCAACUGCAGUGGAGAGAACAAGCCAGGCAUAGUGAUGUAAUUUUAUCCGAACUACAGUACACAAUGGAAAAAUGAUUAUACUCCCCUACCAUGUUUGUAAUAAAAUGCAUCAUUAUUCCUGGA